CCACGUUGGUGUCAAUCGUAGAAGGUAAUCGAAGUUCUGUGUUUUUCUGCCUGUUCACCCCUGCCUGAAUUAUCUUUACGCUUUUUACCAGGAGUAUCUGAUUAUAAAAGAUUCCUCUGAGUUUUUAAAAGGUAAGAUAAAGCGAAAAUGCCGUUGUUUACGUGCAUAACAUGUCGCGUUGCUUUUGCCGAUGGUGAAAUUCAACGUCGUCACUACAAAACCGACUGGCAUCGGUACAAUCUCAAGAGAAAAGUCGCAGAAAUGCCUCCUGUUACCGCAGAAGUCUUCCAGCAAAAAGUUAACGAGCAAAAAGCCGAAGCUGAGGCACAACAGCAGAGUAAAACGAAAACGAUGAACUGCCAGCUUUGUAACAAGACUUUCUCCUCUGAGAAUUCCUUUACGAAUCACAUGAGUUCCAAGAAACAUAAAGAAUUGGAGACCGCUAAAGCUAGAAAGGAGGAAAUUAUGACGAGGAAAGGUCUUUCAACCGAAAAAGUAGAAUUGGAGAGGCAAGAGAUAAGAAAACAGAAUAGUAUAUCUGAAAAUGCUGACUCAUCUAGUGAUGAAGAUGACGAUGAUGGCAGUGACUUUGAGGAAGAAGCGCUGGAAAUCACAGAUUGUCUGUUUUGUCCGCAUCACAGCGUCAGUUUGGAAGACAACAUGAGACACAUGACACGAUCUCAUAGCUUUUUCAUACCUGACUUGGAAUUUGUGGUAGACUUCAAAGGACUUCUAACCUACCUUGGUGAAAAGGUUGGAAUUGGCAACAUCUGUCUUUAUUGCAAUGAGAAGGGAAAGAACUUCUUUUCUACCGAAGCUGUACAGAAGCACAUGGUUGACAAGGGCCACACAAAAAUCAACUAUGAAGGAGAUGCUAUUUUGGAGUAUGCUGAUUUUUAUGAUUUCAGCAGUAGUUACCCUGAUUAUGAUCCCAAUGAAGAAAAUGGCAGCGAUGAAAUUGAAAGAGAUAACACAUUAGCAGUUGAUGAACAGACAUUGGAACUUUGCUUGCCUUCAGGAGCUAAAAUUGGUCACCGUAAUUUGCGUCAUAUCUACAAGCAAAGCCUGCCUCCAGAAAGAAGUCGUCAUUCAAAAGUGAUCCACAAAAUUGUUGCUGAUUAUAAAGCCCUUGGUUGGCAUGGCACCAUUGGAAGUGUAUCACGUCAAAAAGUCAAAGAUGUCAGGCUACAAAACAAGCAGCAAGCCAAAAGAACAGUAGAUAUCUCAGUCAAAGCAAACAAACUUCAAAAGCAUUACAGAGCUCAAGUAUUGUUUUAGAUUGGCGAUUUGCUUCAUGUACAAUUACACAUAUUUUUCAGUAUAACAUGCAUGCACUUUUCUAGUGCACUGUAUACCGAUGGCUUUAAGAUAAUGCCUUUGAAGCCUCCAAAACAAGCAACUUUCUGUUAUUUGGUUUUGAGGUCCAGUGGAACCUUAAGUAAAUAAUUUCUUUUUCUAAAGUAGUACCCUUAAGCUAAUUGGGUACACUAUGAAUGUACAACGAAAUCGAGUAAAUGGAACAUAGAUAUAAAUUUAUCAUUUUUAUGAAGAUCUUACUGGUAAAGGGGAAACUAUUUCAUCAUUAAUUCUCAAGGCAUAGUAAAGAAUCCAAUCUUUGGACUACUAAAAAACAAAUCCAGUUGUGUGAAAGAGAGGAGGAUUUGAGGCUGGGACCUCCAGUUUUUCAAUCUAGGAGUAACUAUGUAAAACGAUGGGGUCAUUUUGCUUUUGCAUGAAAAAAAGAAUAUACAGCUGUUCUGUUAAGUUGAAAUUUCAA